AUGAUACCUGGUGAGAUAAAGGAUGGAAAACAGAGUUAUUCCAAACGGGAACCAGAUGCAUCCUUCAAGCACUGGCGGGCACGCUACCCAGGUGUUAUUAUUGAGGUGUGCUAUUCGCAAAAAAGUCAACGCGUUUCGCACUUAGCAGACGAGUACAUCCUAAAUACCGAUGGAAUCGUGAACGCCGUGAUUGCCCUCGAUGUUGAUUAUAAAGGGUCUAAGAAAGCAACCAUCACUGUAUGGCGACCAGAAGAUACGAUCGUGGGUGAUAUAGAGGAGCUUCAGGCGACCGCUGUCGUCGAGGCUCGAGGCGCUGGUAAUUGA